AGGUGUAGCACACUGGCAUUUACCACGAGGCGAAUGCUUUAGCUGUAUCUGAACAGGAGUGUUCAGGAGCCGGAUCAAUGGAGGCGCUAAGACGAGCAGCGAAAAGUGUGAUGUUUAAAAACCAGUUGAGGUUCAAGUCUUCAGCCAAGAGAAAUGACAGACCCAUCAUCGGUAUCAUGGCUCAAGAAGCUACUCAUCCUAAACCAAACCGGACAUCUCACAUUUAUGCAAAUCAUGUGAAAUUUGUGGAGUCGGGAGGGGCAAGGGUUGUCCCUAUCAAGAUAAACCAGACUGCGGAGGAGUACGAGAGACUGUUCAACUCCAUUAAUGGGGUUUAUUUCCCAGGCGGACGUGUGAGCCGCACCUCAUCUGCUUAUACAAGGUCUGCAAAGAUCUUUUAUGAGCUUGCUAUUGAGGCAAACAAGAAAGGCGACUAUUUUCCUGUGUGGGGCACCUGUUUAGGAUUACACAUACUGUGUUUUUUGACAAGUGGUGAAGACUUACUAACAGUGACUGACACAAAGGAUGUGUUAAUGCCUCUCACUUUCACUGAUGGUGCCAAAGACAGCCCAAUGUUCAGGGGCUUCCCAGAUGAAGUCAUCAAAGAUUUGGCUUCUGAGCCGCUGUCACAACACGCGCACAAGUGGAGCCUGGCAUUAUCUACUUACAACUCCAAUGAGAAACUGAAGAAGUUCUACAAAGUUCUUAACACGAAUACGGACGGAAAAGUUAAGUUUGUGUCCACAAUGGAAGCGUAUGAUUAUCCAAUUUAUGCGAUUCAGUGGCACCCAGAAAAAAAUGCAUUUGAAUGGACAAAGCCUGCUGUUGCACACUGUCCAUCAGCAGUCAAGACCUCAUUCCUCAUGGCAGAGUUCUUUGUUGGUGAAGCCAGGAAGAACUUUCACAGAUUUGAAACAGAGAAGGAGGAGCUGAAAGCGCUGAUAUACAACUAUUCCACUGUUUACACUGCGCCUGUGUAUGGCUUUGAGCAAACCUAUUUUUUCUGCUGAUAUCCUGGAAACAUUAUAAUGUUAAUACAACAGUGAAACACGA